GUCUCUCGCCCCACCCAGAAAGGCGUCGUUGACUAUUCAUGAGCCCGAAAGGCUUUGGGCUCGAAAAGGCCGUUGGGCAUCCUUCUGAGAGACCUGAGAGAGACCUCGAGGAGCUGAGGUUUGACUUGUUAAAAGAAUCUUGAUACAUUACUACAAUGGCCACUGCUCAGCUCUCUCGCUCUAUCAAAAUUCACAAAGCAUCUAAGGAAACAGUUUUUCCAUCCCAAAUCACUAAUGAGCAUGCUUCAUUGAUAAUGGUGAAGAAACUUUUUGCUACUUCUAUCUCAUGUAUAACAUAUCUAAGGGGCCUGUUUCCAGAGAGCUCUUAUGGAGAACGCCAUUUGGAUGACCUCAGUUUAAAAAUACUUCGAGAAGAUAAAAAAUGUCCGGGGUCACUGCAUAUUAUCAAAUGGAUUCAAGGCUGUUUUGAUGCUUUGGAAAAGAGAUACCUACACAUGGCAGUACUUACACUUUACACAAAUCCCAAGGAACCUGAGAAAGUGACUGAAAUAUACCAGUUCAAAUUCAAAUACACAAAACAAGGAGCCACUAUGGAUUUUGACAGUAGUAGUAUAAGCUUCGAAAGUGGGACAAACAGUGAAGAUGUUAAGAAAGCCAGUGUUCUACUGAUCCGCAAAUUGUACAUACUAAUGCAGAACCUUGGACCCCUUCCUAAUGAUGUUAUACUUACUAUGAAACUCCACUACUAUAAUGCAGUGACUCCUCAUGAUUACCAACCCCCUGGUUUUAAAGAAGGGGUAAAUUCACACUUCCUGCUGUUUGAGGGGGAGCCUGUAAACCUGCAAGUGGGAUUGGUCUCCACUGGCUUUCAUAGCAUGAAAGUAAAAGUCACAACUGAGGCCACCAGAGUGUCUGAUUUGGAGAACAAUCUCUUUCAGGAGAACAGCACAACUGAGAUUACCCAUCAGGGUCUAGACUUUGAUGAGGAAGAAGAAGAAUGCAGCAAUCAUAUUCAAAGAAUGAAUUUUGUGUGCAGUCAGCAAAGUUCUCAGAGCUCCAGGAAGAAGAGGAAGGUCAGCGAACCAGUGAAAGUCUUCAUCCCUGACAGAAAAUGAAAGUUAGAUACCUUCACUGCAUUUAUUCUAAAAUAAUUUUAUUUUACAACAAACAUGCAUGAAGUGUCUUAAUAGGAAAGUAAGUUCCUGUCACCAAAAUCUUUUACUAAAUUUGUUGCUCAACUGUUUUAGUCAAUUUACUAAGUGCUAACUUACUGAGUAGAGCAUGGGUUCACUUUGUCACAAGAAAACAAGGUUACUGGGGCUGCCUUGGGAUAGCAUUACUUUAAGGCUGAGUUAGAGACAAGACAGCCUUUAUAUUUGUAAAAGAACCACAGCAGCUAUUUUGAAAAGACAUAAGCUGUUGUUCUCAAAGGAAGGAGGGUUUUCUUUGCAUAACUAAACUCCCCAGGUAUUUAGACUACUGUGAAAUGUUGUAACUUGUUGUAACCUGUGUACUGGAACCCUCUAUAGCUUUAUUAGAAUUCCCACAGACUUGCAUGGAUGUAUGCGGUGGUGCUUAUGCAGGUGUGAUUUUUAUGUUAACUUCAAUCACGAGAUUGAUCAGCCAAGUGUUGGACCAAAGUGUACUCUCCCUGUAAAGUUCCUCAAAUCUGGCCUGAUGCCCUGCUCUGUUGGCCAACCUGAGACAGGCAAUAGGCUGCAAUGCAGAAGACUGGCUCCCUUCUUAAGGCCCACGUUGAAUGCUUCCCAACAAACACUUCAGUUUAUCAGUCUGUAACCUGCAGACUCUUCAUUCCCUCAUUCUGAGGGAAUUUUGACAGACUUAAUGAUUAGUAUUAGAUGAAUAAUAAGUGACUGAAAGUGUUUUUAUUAUUUAGUAACAUGCAAUUUAAUAACUUAAUUUAAAUGGAUAGGACUUCAAUAAGCUAAAUGUUGAAUAUGUGUGCUUUCCAGUUAAAUAAAACCAAAAUGCACAGUA